GUACUCUGAUCCAAUCCUGCAAUGGCAAUGAACUUGGAAAACCAUAUUGUGCGCCCCGUCGCCAACUUCUCUCCUAGUUUAUGGGGUGAUCGCUUCCUUUCAUUCUCCAUCGACAAUCAGGUUGCUGAAGCAUAUGCAAAAGGGAUUGAGAUUUUGAAGGAACAGACAAGGGCUAAGCUGCACACAAUUGCUUCUGGAAGCAGUGAUGUGGCCCAGAAAUUAAAAUUCAUCGACUUGCUGGAGCGUCUUGGAAUAGCAUAUCACUUUGAGAAAGAGAUUGAUCAUCAACUCCAACAUAUUUAUACCCAUCCCGUCCACUUGAAUGAUUUGGAAACUGUUGCUCUUCAGUUUCGGUUGAUGAGACAACAUGGUUACGACAUUUCUUCUGAUAUAUUCAGCAACCACGUUGACAACAAUGGUAAGUUCAGAGACACAUCUGAUGUGAAGGGUCUACUAAGCUUGUACGAAGCUUCGUACGUGCGCAAACGCAGUGACGAGGUUUUAGAAGGCGUGGUCGGUUUUGCUACGACUCGUCUCCGAUCUGCAGCACCAAAUCUGAAACCCAACCGCACUUUAAAGAAGCUGGUAAUGCACGCCCUGGACCAGCCAUUGCACACUGGCAUGCCCAGACUCGAAACGCGAUUUUUCAUUUCGGUGUACCAAGAAGAGGAGGAAUCGGAGAGGAACGAUGAGUUGCUGCGCUUUGCGAAAUUGGAUUUUAAUUUGCUGCAAAUGUUGCACAAGCAAGAGCUCAGUGAAGUAUCCAGGUGGUGGAAAGAAUUGGACUUUGUGACAAAACUUCCUUAUGCAAGAGACAGAAUAGUUGAGUGCUAUUUUUGGGCACUAGGAGUAUACUUUGAGCCUCAACAUUCUAAGGCUCGAGUCUUUCUUGCCAAAAGCAUUUCGAUUACUUCAGUUUUGGACGACACCUUUGAUGCUUAUGGUACUUUAAAAGAAUUAGAAGUCUACACAGAUGCCAUACAAAGGUGGGACAUUAGGGAAAUGAACCGACUGCCAGACUAUAUGAAAAUUAGCUAUAAAGCUCUGCUAGACCUCUUUGAUGAGUUUGACAAGGAUCUCUCAAAAGAAGGAAGAACAUAUGCUGUCGAACAUGGAAUGCAAAGAAUGAAGGAACUUGUGGGAGGCUUCCUUAUUGAAGCCAAGUGGUUCAAUGAAGGAAACAAGCCUGUGUUUGCUGAAUACCUUAGAAAUGGAGUGGUUACUAGUACCAACUAUCUUUUUGCCGUUAUAUCUUGUUGCGGUUUGAAGUCUGCUGAUGAGCAAGUAUUUGAUUGGUUCUUGCAAAAUCCUAAAAUUCUCGAAGCAAGUGACACCUUAUGCAGAAUCAUCGACGACAUAGGCACCUAUGAUACUGAAAAAGAUAGAGGACAAUUGUCAACCGGCAUUGAAUGCUACAUGAAUGAGUACGAACUAUCACUAGAAAAGACAAUAGAAAAAUUUCAAGAACUUGCUGAACUUGCUCUCAAGGAUUUGAAUGAAGGACUCCUCAAACCAACCCCGGUUUCUGAAGAGAUUCUCUUGCGCAUUGUGAACUUUGCUCGCAUGUUUUUUGUUACGUAUCAAUUUAAUCAAGAUGGAUAUACUCACCCUGAAAAAGUUUUGAAACCUCACAUUAUUGCCCUACUCGUAGAUCCAAUGACAACAUAAGAAUAGUUCUUGGCUCAUCAGCUAUCCAAGUUAGCAAUUCAACAUACAUUGUCAACUGGAUGGAUCUAUGACACCAUUUGGACUUUGGAGGGAACCAUUCCAUCACUAUCUCUUUGUUUUGUAAUAAUGGUGCAGUGCAACUGCCCAACAAACUCUUUCCUGUUGCUUCCUAAAAUACAAAAGAUCCUGUGGUACUAUAUAUAGUUAAGGUAUUAAUAUAUAGUGUUGUGUAUCUGAGCAACUCUUAUUGAGUUGUGCUUGGGAAACUAUUAUGUUGUCCUUGGUCACAUGUACGCUAUCCUUUUCAACUUCUAUUUAAUUACUCGAGUUCAUUGCUGUAUA